UAAUAAAUAUACAAUUAAUAUAACCGAAUCAAUGUAAAAACUAAACAUCUUACUAUAAUGUGCUGUGUAGUAUGACGUAUAAAAUGACUCGAUUAUUGAUUGAAAGAGAAUAGUCGCGUAGUAAAGGCCGAUCAAUAAGGAGGCCAGUACAGGUGCAGACUGAAGAAACAUGGCAGGCGUUCUACUUCGAAGUCUUCACAAUUUGGAAAGUUCACCGAACGAACCUACCGCCAAAUGGACCGUUCCUUUGAGCGACGGGAAUCACGUGGUGGAGUUCGAACAUGGGACAGCAACAGGCCGACGUCUGGUAAAAAUCGAUGGCAAUAAUGUAGUUCACAGAGACUGGAUGUUUCGUCUGGUCGGUGAUGAAGUCUUUAUGUACAAUAACACCAAGUUUGUGAUCAGAGUCGAUCCAAUGCCAGGUCUGAAAUAUUCUUACUCGUUGUGGGUGAACGGAAAGAGUUUCAAGCAAUUUGUUCAGUCGCAAUCAAAAAUACUAGAGACUUGGUUGGCCAAAGUCGGAAACGAGGAAUAUAGAAUCGUGUUGGAUAAACACGCUCACAGCGUUUGGGUAAAUGGACAAGAAGUGGAAGUUGAGAACGAAUUUAUGGACGGCGGCGCAGAAAUUCUCUUUUCCGUUGGCGAUUUACCGGCCGCUAUCAGAUCUUACAGUUCAGAUCAAAAAGAAAUCGGUAUAGCGUACGUUUUAUACAUCAACGACAUUGAAAUACAACAAGAAGCUUUAUUGGAAGAAUCUUAAAUACAAUUAAGCCUUGACUUGUUUAACUAGAUUUUUCGUGUUUAAUAUACUAAUACAGAUAAGUAGAUAACUAAUAGGUUGAUAAGCUUAUACAUUUUUAAUUAUAAAUAUGUUAUCUAUAAUUGAUAAUUAUAGAUUAUGUGCAUUAUUAAAUAACUACACAAAUUUGAAACACAAUAGUUAAGAGAAAUGUUAUUCUUUUAAUAAAAUACUUAAAUUUAA